AUGCUCGCGAUUGGCCUGCUUUUCCUAGCUUCUUCAAUUUUGUGUACAUCGAUCCAUCAUCUCAAGCGUCCCGAAAGCACCGAGGAGAUUUUCAAAAAAUAUCGAUGCCAUCUAUGCCAGGAUAUUCUAACCGACAAUAUCGAAUUUGUCGACGGGGAAAUUAUUCUCAACGAGAAAGCCGCGAUUCAUUUCUGCGAGAGCUUCUUCUCAACGGUGCUUCAUGUCAAAUUCGGUGGCGUUAUUUGCAGAACUGUGGUUCAGGCAAAACUUGACGAGGUCGUCAAACAAAUCCUCGCCGAUGACAAUUCACGCCAAAUCUCGGAGAAAAUUUGCAAGCGAAUCGCAUUUUGUUAA